AUGGAUGAAUUGUUCCACGUCGCAUCUCAUGCAGCAACGUUUGCUACUAGCUUUGCCAUCAAGCACAGUAUUUCAUUUGCUGGAAAAUUUGCUGUCCAGCAAGUAAGUAGCUAUAUUAAACGCAUACCAGAUGCUGAUCGCAAUGAAUUGGAAUUCAUGAAAGCAAAGUUGCUUGAGAUGAUUCGUGUGGUCACACCAGCCAUAGAGUUGAUUGAUAUUAUGUCUUCCAGCGGAAAUCAAAGUUUGCAGAGCACUCGCCAACUUGUCGAUGCGUUGCGCUCAGACAUUGAAAAGUUCAGUGUGCACAUCUUAGGUGUUGCAAGUUCGGACUCGGGAGAAGAAGCAUCGAACCCGAAACGCGCCGAAGAAACGAAGGGAAAGGUUUUGCAGGAAAUAAAGACUUUACUUUUACGAAUUCAAGAUGCCAUCCCUCUACUCAAUUUGUCUAUCACCACUUCAGGGCUUUCUAUCUCGUCAAGUCUACCGAAAUCUACCAAUUUUUCUCAGCUUUUUAAAGCAAACUCUUUUGUUUUACAUUCAAACCUUUCCUUUACAGGGGAAAAGCCUUUACAGGUUGGUCCGACGUUUCGACUUCGCACUUACAAAAUCUUUGAGAGCCAUGCUCAAUCCAAGUUCCUAAAUCAUGACUCAAUCAUUUGGCAAGAAGAUUGCUCUGUGUGUGUAGCCAAGGUUUUUCGGGUGCCACCUCAACAAUCUCAUAACAAAAAUUCCCUCCUCUCUUAUAAGCUCUCUCUUGUUCAAUCAUUCGAUGAUAAUCGUUAUCACGAAGAAGAUGAAGUUCCAAUGACCAAAGAUAUUCUUUUAAGUACUAUUCAAACUCUAUUCUAUAGUGUCUCGGGAAAACUUCUUCGACUUGACGAAGUCACGACACCUGUCAUUCUGCUCAAAUACAAGGAUAAUCCUUCAGAGACUUCUGAAGAACAGGAAGCAUACAAAUGGAUAGCAAUGGAGCUGCUACCUGAAGAAGAAUUUGAGAGUGAGGAAGAUGAUAAUGAAAGCCAGGAUUCUGACAAUACGACUGAAGAAUUCAGUGAUGAACAUAUGGCAGAAAUGCAACUGCUUGGACUUACACAAAAGGAUCUUGUAACAAGAAGAAAGAAGAUGAAAGCAUAUCAGAAAGAAGACACAAAUCUGGUCCUAUUAGAAUAUCUUCUUCGUUUGUGUGCCUUGGAGGCGAACGCUCAAGAAUCUGUUCUUCAACUACCCGAUGAGCAAAUCUCUCUGUACUUACGAGAUGACCAAGGACGUGAGCGACCUCGCGAUCCAGGUUCAUAUCAUGCUUUAGAGAACACUGGUGACGCUCGUGUUUCCCCAACUUCUGCAACGUCGUCAAGACGUUCUGGCGUGCGCGCUAGUUCAACUUUCCUUUCUCCUUGGGUAAAACAAGAACCUUCUUCUCCUUUGAAGCACGUAUCGAGAAACAAAAUAUUAGACGAACGAGAAACAACGUCGGGCUAUGCUAGCCCUUUGAUGAAUAGAAAAAUAAAGGAACCUUCAAGGCGAGAAGAUAUGAUAGGUGCAUAUUCUCCUAUGUUUCUUCGAUCUAGGAAAGAUUUGUUCCCGGAGAUAGAUCAGAUGCCAUCCUCAAAGAAAGAGUUGUUUGCUUCUGAAAAAAAAAAUUCAAGAUACUGCAACAAAUACGAAAGAGGGUCCUGA